AUGAAGCCAGAAAGACAGCGCUCGGCGACUAAGCGGGGCGGCGCAGCCGGGUCUACACACCGGGCCCUGCUCACAGCUGUUGCCCGCGUAACCACCCUCGCUCUGGUGCAGGCGGCAGGCUCCCCCAUCCCCGUCGGCGCAUCUCCCGUCGCCCCCGUCCUUGUGUCCCCCGUGUUCCGCGUCCCGCCCGCCAGCGCACCUCCCGUCCCCCACCCCGUGUCCCCGUCCCGCCCGCCAGCCUCCCGCGUCCCCGCCGCCGCACGCAGGGACCCGAGGCCCCACCGCCGCCCUCCCGGCCGACACCGCCGCCGCGCGCCCAAAAUGGAGGGACGCGUCCUCGAUUCGGAUCCACGGCGGCUGCACUUCCGCCGCGGCCCGGCCGACCGCCAGCAGCGGAAGCCGAGGCCGCGCCCCCGCCCCGAGUUGCCGAGAGGCGGGCGCGAAGCGCUCACCUGUGCCGGGCUCCUGCGGGACACGAACGGCUCCGGGACAGUCGCCGAGCAGCACGGGCGGCGGCUCCCGCGCGCACGACACCGCCCCGCCGCGCCCGCGCCCCCCGCGCCCGAGCGCGCGCCGCGCCCCGCCCCGGCCCCGCCCCCCAGCCGGGUCGCCCGGGGCUCCCAUUGGCGCCGCGCCCCCGCCCGCCGCGCCGCCCCCGCCCCGCCUCCCCGCGCCCCGGGGUCUCGAGUCCCCGCCGCCGCCGCCGCGGGCUUCGGGGCGCAGGGCGGCCUGGAGGCCGAGAUGAUAAACAGCCGCCAGGACAACAGUACGUUCGCGUGCGGACGACGCGGAUCAACCGUCCGCGGCCGCAGAGACAACGGACAGCGUGUAUACUUGGGAGUGGAGAAUUUCCGGGGUUUGCUCUCCGAGAGAUGCUUGUCAGCCACAACUGGCCAGAUGUGGCUUCGUGGAACAGGCAACGAAGACCUCACUUACAGAGCCACGUCUUGGUGCCGCCGUCGUGAAUGUAGCCGCGAGUGGCACAGCCCCCCUCCCCCGUUUGCAAGGAAGAUGAGAAGUGGAGGGGCCGGGAACCCCACACCGGAAAUAACAGGAUCCUCCCUGCGGAUCCCUCACCGCCCUUCUUCGGUCCUGCUUCCCAGAGGAUCUGGGCUGUUAGGACUAACAAUUCUCGUAGGAAGUAGGUCUAGGCUCCGUACCACGUGGCGUGAGGACAUCCAGUUGGACCCAUCUGGUGCUGCUUUCGGGAACACGCUGCCACACCCUGGUUGCUGCAGAAAACUUUUCAUCAGGUGGAAAUCCCCCGGGGGCCACCUGAUAGCACAUUUCUACGGAGGUCUGAUCUGAAGCGUUUCUGUCCACGCCGAAGCGGACUUCACGGUGACCGUGAGGGAACAGCUAUGUCCGUCUCGAUACUGACUGUCUUCAUUUUUAUUUGAAACACAUCCGUGUAUAUCUGUAGCACUUCCCUGGUUUUUCUCAGCGUCUCGCUAGCCCAAGGGGAGGCUUUGAAUGAAUUGAUCCAAAUUCCACGCUCUCCUCAGCCUUAACGGAAUCUCUUAAUCCAUGUAGUAUGAAUAUGUGAUUUUUUUUUUUCUGCCCAAAUACUCAUGCUACAUGCUGCUGAGAGCUGCUGGGUCAGUACUCGAGCCGACUCUGCGACCUCCAGGUAACCCGUGUUGGCAUCCCACGCCAUCCGUCUGAGAGAAUCACACGGAUUUUUAGUCAUUUAUGUCGGUGUGUGUUCUGAGUAAAAUGCAACAUACUACUGCGCUCCAAAAAGGUUUUAGGUUGUACAAUCAAUUAGGAUGUUCUUGCUUCAAAUAAAGUGAAGAAACUUAAAAUAAUUAUGCAAAUUUUAUUUUAAACAUUCAUCUCGGGGGGCACCCGGGGGGCUCAGUUGGUCGAGCGUCCAACUUCGGCUCAGGUCACGAUCUCACGGUCCGUGAGUUCGAGCCCGGCGUCGGGCUCUGUGCCGACAGCUCGGAGCCCGGAACCUGCUUCGGAUUCUGUGUCUCCCUCUCUCUCUCUGCCCCUCCCCCGCUCAUGCUCUGUCUCUCAAUAAUAAAUAAAC